AUGGCCCGCCCGGAAGGACAGCCGGGUGGCCCCUCUGUGUUCGGCUUGGUGUCCGAGGAUCCCCCCGGAGAGGACAACUUGCCCUGCUUGGAUCUCUACGGCUUCGCGGCCGGAGUCCCCUUCGGCCAGGGGGCCUUCGCUACGGCCCGAGGUCUCCCUCUCCCCAGGGUGGGCGAUGGAGAUCCCGAGGAAGAGGAGGAGGAAGAGGAGGAAGAGGAGGAAGAUGGGCGAGCGAGGAGGGCUUCGCUGCUGGGCAGACCCAAGAGAAAGCGGGUCAUCACCUACGCGCAGCGCCAGGCGGCCAACAUCCGGGAGCGGAAGAGGAUGUUCAACCUCAACGAAGCCUUCGACCAGCUGAGGAAGAAGGUGCCCACCUUUGCCUACGAGAAGCGCCUCUCCCGGAUAGAGACCCUGCGCCUGGCCAUCGUCUACAUCUCCUUCAUGACCGAGCUGCUGGACCGCUGCGAUAAGCCAGCCGCCACCUAG